UAAAAAUGAAGGCUUGGCUGUAUGGGCUUUUGACCCCUUUGCCUGUCCAGAUGGACGAACAGAACCAAAAAAAAAAUCUCUUUGCUACGAGCUGAGAAGUGAGAACUGUUAAUUGAGAAUAUUAUUUGUAUAUUGUUUUGCUUUUGGUCAAAUUCAUUAUCCAUAUAUACACAUCAAACUUCAAAAGAGUAUUAGAUUAUUAUCUAAUAUUUAGGGAAUACUGAUACAAGUCCACAUUCAACAAAUUCCAGUUUCCACUAGAUAUACGAUAUUGAAAUUUUAAUUAUUGUCAACAAAUAUUGACCGUCGAAAUCACCACUCUUUUUGAUUUUAUAUUUAAAUAUUGAUAUUUAUCAUAAUAAAUGGCUGAUAUACCAAGCAGCGAUGGUUUAACCGAUUUGGAUAGGUUGAGAGAUGAGGAGCUGUCUCGAGACUUAGAUCAUAGUGAUUCAAAUGAAGAUGACUCCCAAGACAUAUCCUUAGAGAUAGAGGAAAAACUAUUAAAAGAUGAACCAGAAUAUACAACUUUAACAAACUACGGUGAGAAUCAAAAUGUUAACAAUGAACCAACUGCAACAUAUUCAGCUGAUAUAUUCAAAAAUCAAAAAGAUAUAGAACUAGGUCCUGUAUAUACAGACUCUGCGGAUCUAACAUUACAGUCAAGUGCAUUCUGUAAUGAUAAUGACUAUAUGAAUUACACAUUUGACUCUACCACAGAAAAUGAAAGUCAAAUUGAAAAUAUUCUAGAACCACAAGCUAAUAAUUGUAUGAUAACAGACAAUGAGAGUGUUGUUGAUUCAAACACACAAAAUGAAUACACACCCGAUUAUCAAACAGCUGAAGAAAUUAUGAGUGAAAGAGAGAGGGAGAAGAAAAGCAAAAAAGAACUAGAAGAGGAAGAAAGGGAGAAGAUGCAAGUAUUGGUAUCUAACUUUACAGAAGAACAGUUGAAUAGAUAUGAAAUGUAUAGAAGAGCAGCAUUUCCAAAAGCAGCUGUUAAGAGGUUAAUGCAAACAAUAACAGGUUGUUCAGUCGGCCAGAAUGUUGUUAUAGCAAUGUCUGGUAUUGCUAAGGUGUUUGUCGGAGAAGUUGUUGAAGAAGCUUUAGAAGUAUUAGAGGCAUCUGGAGAGCCUGGACCGUUGCAACCAAAACAUCUAAGAGAAGCCCUUCGUAGGUUGAGAGUCAGAGGUUCACUGCCACCAAGAAAAGCGUACAAAUACACAUUAAGACUUUAAGAAAAAAAUUUAAUACUUUUAAUUUACUGAUAAGUGUUUAAAUGUUUUUUGUAGAAAGUGUAAAUAAGAUCGGCUUCACACAUUUAUAUUCAAAUUUUUUGUUUCGUAAAUUCAUACAUAAUUUGAAGGCACGCAUUACAAAAUUUUCAACGGAACACCAUGUUUAUAUUAGGUACUUCCAUUUGGUGAAAAUUUUUACGCUCGAUUUAAAUUGGAAUAUCACGGUAUUUUUAUCUCUGUAUGUUUUACGUCGCGUAUAACAUUCAAUUCUUUUCGAUUCCAGACGAAAAUUCCGAACGUAAGUUAGUACGGAAUUUCUUAUACGUUUUUUUGUAUUUUUUUCUAACUAGAUUAUCUCACCAGAGCAGUACCUAAAUAGUGAAGGGCGUUAUCAAUGAACACUAAAAUAAUGAAUCUGAUUGCACUUUGACACUUGCAUAAGACAUAUGUGCAUACAAUGAUAUUAUAGUAUUAAAAGAGGUAGAUAUGUCACUAGCGCGCCGAAAAUCAAUCGCCUAAAUGGAGUCAAUUGGUUCCUUUGGUCGUAGUCGCUCUCUCGAUACGAAAACAGUACACACGCGUUUGUUGUUGACAGAAUUGCUUACAAUUUGAUAUAGGUACAACAUUAAAAUGCCGUCUUGUGUUAUGGGAAGAUUCACUAAUUACGAAAGUAAUAAAAAAAAAUAUAGAAUUAUAUACCACAGUUAAGAAAUCAUGAAUUAUAACAUUUUAUUUGAUUUCAUUAUUUAUCUAACAAAAUAAAUAUGUCGCCAUGACAACGCCGAUCGCCGCCAAGCCGGUCAAAGAUUAACGUAGGUACAGAAAUGACGAAAAUUUUGAUGCUGUCUGUUGCGGGAUGAUCGAAGUAGAAUAUUUUAGUAAAAGACGAAAAAAGUAAAAUAAACUAUUAGAACCAAUUCAACGAGCUUUAAAAACUGCCUAGCAAGAAAAUAUUAUUUUAUAACUGCUGAACACUUAGCAAUUAAUUGUUUUUUUUUUUUAUAUUUGUUCCUUAUUUUGCCACCUAGGAACGUAUCCCCUAUAAACCCAUAUAAAUUACCUACCAUUCUACAUUUUCGGUAUUUGUGGUAUGUCUAAGGAACGGUGAAUAAAAUUGACUGUGUAGCAUAAGCAAAAAUGUUUAAAAUAGAAAAUUGAAAAGAUUUAAUCUUACCACACUCACCGGAUACUCGACCGUGACGUGUGAAAGGGAACUGCCAGUGUAUUAAUAAAAAAUGAUAAUAUUUAUAAUUUUGUAUGAACAUUUUAUAAAGUACAUAAUAUGUA